AUGGACGCAUAUGGUGCAUUCAAUCUAUACGACAAUCCAUCAAAUGUCCAGACUCAUCUAGAGGCAGAUAUUUGGUUUCAACUACGAGCAGAAGUUUUGCUUAGCCGGUAUUAUAAAAUCAAUCAAGAGGCCAACGAACGACUUCGGAACCGUUUAGGCAGUGCUGUUGAAGCCGAGAGCCUCAAGCAGACCAUCAUAUUUGGAGCUGGGAAACGAUGCGCGCCGAAUCAGCUGCAUACUGUAGCUUGUUAUUCUAUGCCGGACUCUCCGCUACCUGACGACCUGUAUGGCUCUAACACCGACACCAUCAUGGGUCGGAACAAGUACACGAGUCUCAAACAACGGUACCUUAACUCGGGAUACAUCAUCGGGCCCGUCGGCGAUCUGCGCAAGAUGUUCCAACGAGCUUGGGAUAAGGUUCAGGCCACAAAAGACCAGAUGGACUGGGAUAACGGCAGCCACGGCUCGGACUUCAUGUAUCAUGGCUCCGACCAGUCAAUUUUCAAUGAGAUCCUGGGCGAGCAGGAGUUUCAGCGGGAAGUCAUGCGACGCCGCCAUCGAAGCCAAAGUGAUAGGAUAAAAGGUAUCGGAGGAGUGCCGAAAGCAACGCAUAUCGAAGGCACCUUAAUUCGAGAUCCCUUGAAGCCUGACUUUACGCAUGAGACGAUAGAGCACAAAGACGGAAAGCCUGACGAAUUCGGCAUCGGUCUCGACUACUUCUCCGAACUGGGGUAG